UCCGCCGUGCCUAUCUGCCUAGUCCCUCGACUUGAACAAUUUCGUCUUUUUCUCCCAUGAUAUGUACGUCGUCUGCUUGCUGCCUCGAAGCUAGCGUCGUGAGAAGAGACCCCGCACGACGUCAAUUUCAUCCACGCCCAUUGGCCUCUUCGACCGCCAUAAUCAAUCAACCGGCAUCUGACAGGGCCCGUUUUUCCCCCAUCGCCGAGUCGACCACCACCAACAUCUCUACUUCGCGCGAGAGAGAAACCAUUGAAUCGCCUCUGUUCACAUAUCGUCUCGCCCUCAGGGACCGACCGACAGACAGACAGAGAAAGAGAGGGAUCCCCGAUAACCCAGCUAUCUAGAGGAGAAGCCGGCAUCUACGUUCCGGGUUCGAGCUUCCGCUAUGCUCGAAUCCGAGAACAGCCGGUGACCAAGACGGAUUUUUCACCUGCCUGAGCGCUGUGUGCAUUGCCCUAGAUGACAAUGCCGUCCGACGACAGCGCUCCCGCUCCGGCUGCGAGCCACGAGCAGCAGCAACAUGCUCCCGCACACCUAAGCAGACAGCCCGCGAACAGGUUGCUCACACGCCUGGAGGUGUACUCGACACGGAUUCCAGCCUACUAUAUUACACCAUUCUGCGGCGCCCUGGCUGGUGUGGCUUCAGGGAUCGUGACAUGUCCUCUCGAUGUCAUCAAGACCAAAUUACAGGCCCAGGGAGGUUUUGCGCGGCGCCGCGCCCAUAUGUCUCAUACUUCACAAAUGUACCGUGGGAUGAUUGGUACCGGUACGACGAUUUGGAAAAACGAAGGCAUUCGAGGGCUGUAUCAAGGUUUAGGGCCAAUGCUGUUGGGAUAUCUACCGACAUGGGCUGUCUAUCUAACAGUUUACGAUCAGUCAAGGGCGUUUUUUGAACAGAAAACAGAUAACUGGUGGCUUUCACGGACAUAUGCAUCUGUCACUGCCGGGGCAUGUUCAACGAUAGCAACGAAUCCCAUUUGGGUGAUAAAAACAAGACUCAUGUCACAGAGUGGGAGAGUCAGUGGAGACGGGUUUAUACCAUGGCAUUACCGGAACUCAUGGGAUGCGGCACGAAAGAUGUACAUGACGGAAGGUAUUAGAGCAUUCUACUCUGGUCUCACGCCGGCCUUGCUGGGCUUGACGCAUGUGGCCAUUCAAUUCCCGCUCUAUGAGUAUUUCAAGAUGGCAUUCACAGGAUAUGGGAUUGGUGAGCACCCAGGAGAAGGAGAUUCACAUUGGAUAGGAAUAUCCCUGGCAACAUUCCUCAGUAAAGUCUGCGCCAGUACUGCUACGUAUCCACACGAGGUCCUUCGCACCAGACUACAAACCCAGCAACGCCACCCGCCAACUGCCUCACCAGAGGAAAUCUCGUUCCGUGGAGGAUUUGACCACCCGGUCGAUCGUGGACGACCACCUGGUGCGUCUUCAUCUGAUGGGAUGCCGAACCGACCUCGUUAUGCCGGCGUUUGGCGCACUUGUCAAACCAUUCUUCGAGAGGAAGGAUGGCGGGCGUUUUAUUCGGGAAUCGGAACUAAUUUGAUUCGUGCUGUGCCUGCAGCUAUGACGACGAUGCUUACAUACGAAUAUCUCCGAAAAACGAUCAGCACGCUGCAGCACGAAGGAGAGAAGAAGAUGCAAAGUAUUGAAGUUUCAGGCGAUACCCUUGUUUAGCUCUCAAACGUACACUAUUGAGGUAUAUAGACGUUGCGUGGCCUUUGUCCAAUUAAACAAGUCAUGUUACUGUUUUAGAUCGGAACUGCUUUUUUUCUCUCUUUUAUCUGUCUUUGUUUUCUUUCUUUUUUAUUUUGGAAAUUUGUAGAUUACCAAGUUCUUUCUGUCAUGUCUCUCAUUUCGUGUAGUUCCAAGACACGAGG